GUUUUGGGUAGUGACUUAGGUUUCCUGCCAUGUCCCGCAGUGAGCCAGGAUUUCCACAGCUGCCUCUGGACACCACUCUCGCCAGGGACUGGAAGACGCUAACAUCAGGUCCAGAAAUGCCCUUGGUGUGUUUGACAGAUUUUCAGGCUUAUGCCCAGGAGCAUCUAUCUAAGUCAACUUGGGAUUUUAUUGAAGGAGGAUCUGAUGAAUGCUUCACCCGAGAUGAUAACAUCGCAGCAUUUAAAAGGUCUGGUCUUCUACAACUAGGAAAUUUGGAUUAUUUCUCCCAUUUCACAGAUGAAGUCUGCAUCUUCUCCAGAAUCCGCCUUCGGCCCCGGUACCUGAGAGACGUGCGAGAGGUGGACACCCGGACCACAGUCCAAGGGGAGGAGGUCACGGCCCCCAUUUGCAUCGCGCCCACGGGUUUCCACGGCCUCGUCUGGCCGGAUGGAGAAAUGAGCACAGCCAGAGCUGCCCAAGCGGCCGGGAUCUGCUACAUCAUCAGCACCUAUGCCAGCUGCUCCCUUGAAGAUAUUGUGGCUACUGCCCCCAGGGGCCUCAAGUGGUUCCAACUCUAUGCAACAUCAGACCGGCAGCUCAACAAACAGCUGGUCCAGAGGGCUGAAGCCCUGGGUUUCAAAGCUCUGGUCAUCACUGUGGAUACACCCAAAAUGGGCAACAGGAGAUGUGACUUUCGAAACCAACUAGACUUACAGAGGAACUUACUGCUGAAAGACCUUCGCUCGCCAAAGGAGAAACAUACAACGCCUUAUUUCCAGAUGUCCCCCAUUGACUCAUCCUUCUGCUGGAAUGAUAUCACCUGGCUUCAGAGCCAAACUCGAUUGCGCAUCAUCCUUAAAGGGAUUUUGACGAAAGAGGAUGCAGAGUUAGCUGUGAAACACAAUGUCCAUGGCAUCAUUGUUUCCAACCAUGGCGGGAGGCAGCUUGAUGACGUUCCUGCUUCUAUUGAUGCCUUGACAGAAGUGGUGGCCGCUGUGAAAGGGAAAAUGGAAGUGUACCUGGAUGGUGGGAUCCGAACUGGCAACGACGUGCUCAAGGCUCUGGCCCUUGGGGCUAAGUGUGUGUUUCUAGGGAGACCAAUCCUGUGGGGUCUUGCCUAUAAGGGUGAACAUGGAGUUGAGGAAGUUUUGAACCUUAUAAAAAAUGAAUUCCACACUUCCAUGAGUCUCACAGGUUGCCGGUCAGUUGCCGAAAUCAAUCAGGAUCUGGUCCAGUUCUCCAGGUUGUAAAGAAAAAGGGCUAAUGACCAGACCGCUGAGAUUGCCCACAGGGAGAGACAAGCCCAAAGUGUGGUGUGUGAUGUCCUCUUGCCUUGGCCCCAUCCUGUCCAGAGGCUCAUCCCCUGCAUCUUCGAUCAUUCUACCCCUUGUGCUUCAGGCCCUCCAAACCCCUCCUCUUCCUCAAAUGUGACAUGCUCUUCUUUGCCUCACUAAUUGUUAGAUGCUCUUGCUUAAAACUGUGCUCUAAAGAAAAAAUGUUAAAAACAUGGAUCAACAAUGACUAAAAUAGUGGAUUAAUUUUUUUGCCUAUCCUA